GUAGCACAUGGUGUGACUGCACCACAGUCAAGUUGUGUUACGAAGGGGCUGAGUUAGUCGCAAGCUGUACAUUAGAGUUUUAUCAGAAAAACACACACAGCUAAGAGCAAUGUCGCAGUUACAGGCGAGGUUCUUCACAGAGAACAAAAGGUAUGUUAUAGAUGAUGUUCCGUUCUCCAUCCCAGCUGGCUCUGAAGUGGAGGACCUUAGCAAUGUCAUCAACAAGCUACUGUUGGCUAAAAAUGCAUCCCACAGCAAAGUGGAUUUCGACUUCCUGGUCAGGGGUCAGUUCCUGCGAACAUCGCUGUCCCAUCACAUGGAAACAGAAGGCAUAUCAACGGAAGAAGUGGUGGAAAUCGAGUAUGUGGAGCGAGUCACAGCCCCAGAGCCUGAGGAGUGUAUGAUGCACGAUGACUGGAUUAGCUCCAUAGCUGCAGAUUCUGAAUGGAUCCUAACAGGGUCGUAUGACAAGACAGCCAGGAUCUGGUCUGUGGAGGGAAAGGCGGUGAUGACGGUGGCAGGACACACAGACGUAGUCAAAGAUGUAGCCUGGGUUAAAAGAGACGGUCUGACCUCUCUGCUUCUGACCGCCUCUCUGGACCAAACUAUCCUGAUGUGGGAGUGGAACUCCGAGAGGAACAAGGUGAAAGCCAGACACUGCUGUCGGGGACACACGGGGAGCGUGGACACUGUCGCCACAGACCCCACCGGCUCAAAGUUCUGCAGUGGCUCCUGGGACAAAAUGUUGAAAAUCUGGUCAGCAGUGCCCUCAGACGAGGCAGACGCAGACGAGGCGGAGGAGCCUGCUGACAGACCGAGGAAGAAACAGAAGACCCAACAGCUGGGUCUGACCAGGACUCCUCUGAUGACGUUGUCUGGACACAAUGAGGCAGUGUCCUCUGUCCUCUGGUGCGACAGCGAGGAAGUUUGCAGUGCAUCCUGGGACCACACCAUCCGUGUGUGGGAUGUCGAGACCGGAGAAAUGAAGACGACGUUGACGGGAAGUAAAGUGUUUAACUGCAUUUCCUACUCACCUCUGUGUCGGCGACUGGCCUCAGGCAGCACUGACAGACACAUCAGACUGUGGGACCCUCGCACCAAAGACGGGUCGCUGGUGCUGCUGUCUCUAACCUCCCAUACUGGCUGGGUCACCGCCGUGAAGUGGGCGCCUUCACAUGAGCACCAGCUGGUCUCCGGUUCUCUUGACAACCUUGUCAAACUGUGGGACACAAGAAGCUGUAAGGCUCCUCUGUAUGACCUGGCGGCCCACGAGGACAAAGUGUUCUGUGUGGACUGGACGGAAAGCGGGCUGAUGUUGAGUGGAGGAGCAGAUAACAAGCUGUACACCUACAGAUACUCAGCCGCUCAGACGGACGCGGGGGCGUAGGCCGAGAGUCAGCAUGGACCGUGACCACAGACAUACAGAAUGGACAGACACACACACACACAGUAUCAGUGUGACAGUGAUUUAGAGUUUUGUACUGUACAAACUUCGCUUGCAUUGUUCUUUGCUGUCCUGAUUGUUUUUACAUAUAUUUUUUAAUGGGUUGUCUUUGUUUUCCCUGUAACCCAAGAAAACUAUAAAUUAAAUUUGUCUC